AAUGUUUGAAUACCAUAGUCUUUGUAUUUUUGUAUAUAUCAUAAUCCAUUAACACAAGAUUUUGUGUCUUGUGACAAGUCUGAAAGAUGAUUGAUCUCUCAUUUUCUGAUGAAUUUGGAUACAUGACAGCACCAACUAGUGUUGCAAGUAGCUGCAACAAUGAGAAAUUCUUCUAUAGUGCACCAACUAGUCCUAGCAGAAGGAUCAUCAAGCUAGGUGCAAAUUCUUGCUGCCAAACAAGUCACAUAUCACCAAGGACAAUUCAAGAUGAGGAUGAUGGAAGGUACUCCAAUCUGGAUGAGUUUGAAUUCGAGACGAGUCGCAGGUUCACCGGUUACUUGGACACCAAGAAAUCCCAAAAUGAUGAUGAUUUUGAUGGUGAUUCAUUGCAAACCAUGGCAUUUGCUGAUGAGCUAUUCAAUGAUGGUAAGGUUUUGCCAUUGGAGCCGCCGCCGCCUCUUAAACUUCCUCCAAGGUUGAUUCAGAACAAUGGAGAAUGUGGCAGUGUGGUGAUGAGUGCACAAAGUUCAACUCUUACUUCACCAAAAUCCCCUGCUUUGGUGCUAAGGCUACUACCUUUUUCGCGACAUAGUUUGUGGAACGAUGAAUUUGAUCCGUUCGUGGCAGCUUUGGAGAAGGUCAAGGAUGAUAAGAGAGGGGAUUCGAAUUCAAAGGCGAAGAAUGGUCUUAGAAGGACUAGGUCACUUUCUCCAUUCAGGGGAUUCAACCAUAGGUCUGAAAAACAUGCAGGAAUAUCCAAGACAAAGAUACAAGUAUCCGAAUCGCAUUGUUGUGAGCUUCAAAAGGAACCAUUACUAUUGAUGAAGCAAGAAUCAAGGAGGGUUGAUAUGAUAUCAGUUGAAGAGAGCAAUGAUGCAGCCUUUGAGACAAAGGAAGAUGAGAGAAAGAGAAGUGGAUUUUGGAGAAGGAAAAAGAAGAACAAGAAAGAAAACAGCAUAGUGAAGCUUCUCUUUGGGAAUGGUUAUGUGAGGAAAUCAAGUGAUCAACACAAGUUAGAAGGUCAAAAGGAAUCAUUAGAGAAGCCAGAAUUCAUGAUGAGGAAGCUUGAUGCUGAUUCUGUCAGUUCAUCACAAUCAACAGAGAGGGAUAAAGAUGAAACAAGAAGUGACAUGAGCAAAAUGAGCUUGGUAUGUCACAAGCCUAGAGGAUCAAAACUUUUUCUUUGUUUAGGCCAUGGAGGGUAUGUCAAGUGAUUGAGUCAUCAAAGUCAUGGUAUUUUUCUUUAUUUUUCUUUUUGGGGGGGAGUUUGUGAAGGAGAAAAUUAAAACAGUGAAAUUAUGUCCUGAAAAUGAAAACAAAGAUCAUAUGAUAUUUUCUGGUUGGAAACCUAUGAUGGUGUUUCAAAAAAAAAAAAAAAAAACUUAAUGAUGACAAUGUUUUCCAGGAACUGAUCUGUAUAAGUAUCUAUGUACUGAGUUAUAUCUACAUUCAAAUUCAAUGUAAAAUUAGGUUCACUACCGAAAUAGUUCAAAAUGCUAAAUUAGAUUUGACCAUAGUUAAUUCUCUAUUAUAACUUCACAUCACAUACUGAAUUCUCUUUAAAAGAAUACUUUAGUUAAUCACAAAAAGCAACAAAUUGUGUACCAAAUAAGAAACUCUUCAAAAAUAAGAAACUCCUCAAAAAUCAGUUCCAACAUAGAGAAAGAGGUGGUAUUCCCUAGGCACAUAAUAUAUUGUUAUUGCAAAUGGUCAGUUUGCAUAUUAAAUUUUUCUGAACUACAUCUUGCUGUAUUGCUACUGAUUUUCAAACCUUACUAAUUUGAGAUAUAAGAUAGAUACUAUAUAUUGUGGAAUGAAUAUUCUAUGCCAAUAGUGCAUAAAUGAGUAAUUUACAUCAUUGAAAUAAUAGGAAUAAACCUAAAGUUUCCCAUGAAAGGAACAAAAAAUG